AUGAAUAAUCCAACUGGCAGUUAUCAUUACGUAGAGACUCUUUGUAAUGAUCCUGAUAAGGACUUUGAGAUUCUUGACUAUGUUAGCAUUGGGGAUAAUUCUGAAAGUCUUGAGCAACCAACAUCUUCACUUUUGUCUAAAUAUAGUACAAGCAGCCCAGAAAGUGAUAUAAAUCUAUACGAUAGUUCACAUGAUAUACAAUUUGAUACAUCAGCAAUCGGAUUAGCUAAGGCAUAUGCCAAUUCGUCAUCAACAACAAUGCAAGAACGAGAUAAUGAAAUUGAUAUAAAUUGGUUGGCACAAGACCUUGAUAUAACGUCUAAUAGAGAAUCAUCAUGGGAUACGACUAUUUGUCAUGAAAAUGAAUUAACUCUAGAAUUUAAUUCUGGUGGUGUUAAGCAGUUGAAUGAGACAUGCAUCAUAGUAGACGAUUUAAAUGGAACAUUACAACGAUGUCCUCAUCCUGCAGAGAAACCAUUGAAACAGCUUGGAGGGAUUUGGGAGCUGGAUUUUGAUACGGUGGAUGAAAUUGUUAUGAAAUCAAAGGGUGAUGGUUUGAAUACACUAGGGGUUUGCAAAAGCCACUUUAAUUAUGAUAACAAACAAUUACAUGAAUGUCAAAAAACAGAAGUUUCUAUUGAUAGAGCAGUAAUUCGUCGAAAAAGAUGUUUAUUCUGUGGACACUAUAAGUAUGUAUUUAGUUGUGGGUAUUGUACAGAACAUUCGUGGAAAUUAUGUGAUUGGAACAUACAAAUAGUUUGCAAUGGAUUGAAAGUUUGUCAUGUGUUUCAAGAGAAUGAAUUUACUAAACAAUCAUCUAGUUCUAGACGUGUACGAUAUAUAUGUAUGUCAUGUUUUACAUCUGAAGAAGGUCAUUUGUAUGAGCGAAAAGGGCGGGUUUCUGUCCCUCCAUUUGAUUGCACAGAUCGACAUUAUGAUGAUUCUGCAAAAGAUAUACAAUGCCUUCUUCUUCAUGAAAUUUUUAAAGGAGCAAUGGUAUUUUUUGAAAAAUUAAAAUGUAUCAAAAAGUCAAAAAAUGAUGAAGUUAGUAAUGAAGAAUUCGAUAGUAAUACAACUGAGAAAAGUAAAGACCCUAAAGAUACGAAUUCACAUCAAGAUAAAUCUACAAAAGAAAAGGUGGCAAUUCCGGUAUCGUUAAGUUUUUUAGGAGUAAAAAUCGCUUUUAGAUUGAAGAAAGUCAAUGUUAGAAAGUUAUCAAGUAGUGAAAUAUAUUGUAAUGUAAUUAAAAAAAAUCCGAAACAAAUGGGUGAAGCUUUGGUGACUUUACUUUGGCGUUCAAGAUCAGAAGUUCGUGAAAAUAAGGAGAAAUUAGUAAUGCCUAAUUCUUUAGAGGAAUAUCAAAAUGAAUCCUAUAAUUUAGAACUUUCCGUUUUUCAAGUUGGACAGUCAACAUUUAUUAACAAUGAAACAAAAAAAUUACAAUCCGUUUUUAAUUCAUUUGUCGAAAAUAAAUGGUUAAAUUACGAUGCCUUUGACAUAAAAUCUGAGUUGCAAAAAAAUGUACCAAUAGGUUGCAAUAUACCGAAGCCAAAUAUUGUAAUUUUAAAACCUGGGGACAAUCCAUGCAAUAAUUUAAAUGUUCAUAAAGCAAUAAUGAUGUACUUUGAUGAUGUUGGCAUUGGAGAAAAUAAUUUUUUAGAUAUAUCUGCAGACCAGGCAAUAUUUCGUAGAUUAGUACCAUUACGCGAAAAAAGACCAGAAAUUCGGUUAUUACUUGGCAGAUGGCACACAAACAAAUGUAUGUUAAGUACUUUAUUAGCGAUUUUUUCUGGGUAUGGUAUAUAUCAAUUAGCGGCUAGUUUGGGGGUUUCUUUUCUUGAAAAGCUUGAGAAAGUUGUAGAUUAUACAGCUACAUGCAGAGUUAUUGAAUUAAUUUGGGUUUCGGUAGGUAGUGCGAUUACAGCUUAUGUAAAAUGCCAUAGUAAAAGCAUUGAAAGCAUUGAAUCAGAAAAUUAUGGUAUUUUAAGGGUUUGGUAUCAGUUUUUCGUAUGGGCAGGAUAUUGGGUUUGCCACAAGAUCGGAAUUCGACAUGGAAAUCACUAUAUGCAAUACUAUAGCUUGGCUGCUUUUGCUCCUCUUUUUGCGGUGGCAGGUAGAUGCAACUAUUCUGAGUCUGUUGUUUAUUAUUUAGCUCAAAUAAGUAGUGAUCCAACAUUACAAGUUUUAUUAGAAUAUGCGUGUUCAAUAAAUAUAACUAGGUUAGGACAUUUUUUAGCAAUCGAUGAGGCUGUUGAGUCUCUUGGAGUAAAACGUGUAAAACAAAAUAUUGGAAAGCAUUUAGGAACUGAAGAAGAUCUAAAAGAAAGAAUGGCGGCAGUAGAAUUUGAAAGAGAACGUAUGAAUUUAUUGCUAAGUGAUUUUAUUGAUGAUCCAUCAGUUGUAUAUACAGAACGCAAUUUAAAAUCACGAAAGGAAUCAUCAUGGAAAUUAACAGUUGAUUUAUUAGAAGCGUUAAAUAUGUCUAAUCCAGCAAGUCAUUCAUUAUUUCAAAAUACAUCACAAAAUAACAAUGAAGGAUUUCAUAGGCUUUUUGCCUGUUAUAACAUUGGGAAGGAAAGACUUUACAAUAUUUACAAACAAGAUAUAGAGAAGACAGUCGAACGCAAUACAACAGGUAGACGUGCUCGUAAUAUUGUAGUAGAUACUAUAGCUCAGCAAAAACAGCGGGAAUUGCAAGAAAAAGAAUCCAAGAAAAAAAAAAGAAAAAAUGAAGCUUCAAUUGAUAAAAAAAGGAAAAAACAAAAAAUUGCAAGAAAUGAAGAUUUUUGUGACGAUAAAAGUUUUGAUCCAACUACUCAAUAUCAAACUGAGUGUCAGAUGCAGUAA